AAUUUAGGACCAAAAAAAAAACUUCAAUUUUUUCUAUAGAGUUAGCAUCUCUCUCACCUACCACGUUCCCAAUCUCAUUCGUUGCUUUUAUUCUUCGCUUUCUCUCUCCUCACUUUCUCUCUCUUACAUUGGCGUGUGCCUCUUGCAAUCUCCGAAAGGUCUGUUAGAUUUGAAGCAGAGGAAUGGACUUCUUUACUCGAGAUAUAAAUGAGGACUCUAUCCUUAGGUGUCCAUUCUUGAGGAACAUUAAUGAACCAACUAAUUUCUCAUUUGUUUCUCCCAUGGCUUUUCCAAUGCCUGUGCGUGCGGCGAAAGGUCCAAUUUUUGAAGACGGUCCCAAUUUUGAUUUAGCAUUUAGGCUUUUCCAUGGGAGUGAUGGUGUAGUUCCCUUAUCCGAGAGAUCUUUUCAGCGUUUGGACAAAAUGAAGCCCGAACUUCCAAAAUCCCAAUUCAAUCCUCUGGCUGCAAAGGCAGCAACUAUUAGUCUGUCAUCAUUUGGAUUUGGCGGACCUUUCGGUUUUGACUCAUUUAAUGAGAAGUGGAAGAAACAGAAUAAAAAAUCUGAGUCCUCAAAAAAGGAACCUUCUUCAAAGGAUGGUUCGAAGCAUGAGGCAGGUAAUGACUGGCUACAAAAUGGGAACUGUCCAAUUGCAAAGUCCUAUCAGGCUGUCAGCAAAGUCCUUCCACUCGUAGCAAAGGUUAUUCAGCCUCCUGCUGGUAUGCAUUACAAGUGCCCACAGGUAAUAAUUGCAGCUCGGGCGGCUAUAUCACGCACCGCAUUUGCAAAGAAUCUCCGCCCUCAGGGCUUGCCAACAAAAGUUCUUGUGAUCGGGAUGAUGGGGAUGGCAGCUAAUGUCCCCUUAGGUGUAUGGAGAGAACAUACCAAGAAAUUUUCGCCGUCAUGGUUUGCAGCUGUCCAUGCAGCUGUUCCAUUCAUAGCUAUGCUUAGGAAGUCUGUCUUGAUGCCUAAAUCAGCCAUGGCAUUUACUAUUGCAGCAUCGAUAUUGGGCCAGGUAAUUGGGUCAAGAGCCGAGAGGUACCGUCUUAAGGCAGUUGCUGCAAAAAAGUUGUCUGCAGUUGAAGCUUCUGAUGUUAGUUCGGCUAAGUUACCCGUGGUUAAUUCUAAAGACAGGCACUGUGGCGAUGAGGCUAUGAAGUGGAACACAACUUCCCUUCAGCUGGCGGGAACUUCAUCAACUGAUGUAUUUUGUUGAUGGCUCAUUUGUGUUCUGUGUUCUGCUGUAUAAUUGUCUAUGUACUCUUGAGUGUGUAAUUUGCUACUCCUUUUUCACACUGAGUGCCUCAGUUGGCAAAUUGUUUUCUUAUUUAGAUUGUUUUCUCUUUACUUUUUCUUUUAUGCUCAAGAAAUAAUGCUAAGACAUUUCAAUAAUAAGUAAAUAAAAGGCCAACACAAAACUAUUGUAUUGGCUUUAUUUGAGUGAUUCA